AUCGCAAUUGAUCGCACCGACAGCCCCAACUCGACUCGACUCGACUCGACUCGCCCCAGCUUGCUGAGCUCGGCACGCCUUAUUUUUUGAGAACACAGCACAUAGACGGCUCGCCUAGAAGAGAGAGAGAGAGAGAUUCAACUGAACUCGACCAUGACGGAAACGUUGACGCCAGACGAGGAAGCGGCGGCUGCGCGCGCGGCCGAGCAGGCACGUCUGCGCAAGGCCCGGCGAGAAGCAAAGAUCAAGGCCGGCGCCGAGAACAGGUUGAACAAAAUCACCGGUCUGGGAGGCGGAUUUCAGCGAGCCACCUCACCGGCGCCGGCGACGACGACGCCGAGCACCGCAUCCAGUAAUGGUGCUGCCACUGCUGCUUCUACUGCUGCCACCGCCACCGACGCCGCCCGACCCCAGCACGCCGACCCCGAAGAAGUCGACAUCUCGGAGCACUUCUACCAGCCCCGGACCACCCCGCGAGUCGCGCCCGCCAACAAGAUCGCCACGACCACCGGUAGCGGCACCAUCUCCGACGCCCAGCUCCGUCAGACCAUGUUCGGCCUCGACCCUCCCGGCCCCGCCUCCCCAACCCCCAGCAUGCCCGGGAUGCCCGGGGUGCCCCCGGCCAUGGAAGACGACCCGAUGAUGCGCCUGAUGAUGCAGAUGCUAGGUGGCGGCACAACCACCACCACCACCAACAACAACAACCCCUUCGGAGGCGGUGCGCCCUUCCCCGCUCAACAACAGCAACAGCAGCAACAACAACAACAGCAACCCACCGCUUCCCCAGAUCGCUACGCCUCCCUCUGGCGCCUCCUGCACGCCCUCAUCGCCCUCGCCCUGGGCCUGUACAUCGCCCUGUACACGCCCUUCACGGGCACCAAGCUGUCGCGCGACCGCGCCGCCGCCGCGGCGGCCGGCUCCGCCGAGGAGCGCGCCCGCCUCCUCCGCUCGCAGCUCGGGCAGCCCGACACGGCCGACGACACCACCACCGCCGCGGCUGCGGCUGCGGCGGGCGGCGACUUGAACCUGACCAGGACCUUCUUCUGGGCCUUCGCCACCGCCGAGGCCCUCCUGCUCGGCACCCGCUACCUCCUCUUCGGCCGCGGCCAGAGCCCGCUCGACUCGACUGCCGGGGGUGGCGCGGGCGGCAUCCUCGGCCUGGUCGCUUCCUUCCUGCCCCCCGGCCCGAGGAGCAAGGUCGAGCUGGCGAUGCGGUACGUCCAGGUCCUGGGUACCGUCCGGCAUGACCUGCUGGUGUGCGUCUUUGUGCUGGGAGUGGCGGCAUGGCUGAGGGGUUGAGCCGGG